AGCUCAUUUUUCGUAUUUCUAAUGUUACUGAUAGAACAUCAGUAAAUAACGAAAGAUUUGGUGAUUUGAUGUCACUUCUUUAUUAUUGAGGACGGGAACACUAUUUUUAAUGACGGAACAGAUUGUUAAUUUGAAUGUUGGUGGACAUAGAUUUGCGACUUCGCGACAAACUCUGACAUGGAUACCGGACACUUUCUUCACAAGCUUGUUGAGUGGAAGAAUUCCUACUGUACAUGAUGAAACAAAUGCGGUUUUCAUUGAUCGAGAUCCAGAAAUGUUUCGAAUAAUUUUAAAUUAUCUACGGACAAAGCAAAUUGAUUUAAACGGAGUGAGUCUGAUGAAUUUGAAACAUGAAGCGCAGUACUACGGCUUGGGACCUUUAGUAAAACGACUAACCUUAUGCGAAGAGUUAGACGAAUGCGCUUGUGGCGAUGUACUUUUUAAUGCUUACUUACCCCCGCCUGCGUUACCGUUAAACGAAGGUUACUCAUCUUCAUUACCAAAUUCCACAGUAAACAACCAGAAUUCGUCCAAUUCAUCAUCAGGUUCACGUGGCUUAAUUUCGAUUCCCUUCCCUUCUCUUCAUUCUCGCAAUCUAAAUGAACAUACAGCAAUCCCUGCAGUUGAAAUGGUAUCAAGUAGUUCUGCAUUCAGAGCAUCACAACAGCCACGUUUGCUCCCAAGCAUGGAAGCUAAAUUUCAGGUUCCACAUGCUGUGGAGGUACUGGUCGGCAAGGCUGUAAAAGACAACUCAAGUUUACCAGCAGAGCAGUCAUCAUCUGCUGAAAGUCAUGAUUCAUUUGCUAGUGAAGUGAAUAUGGAAAAAUCGGAAACAACAGGUUUAUCAGUAGAAGGCAGUAGCAGCACGUCAAGGAACACAUCACUGCAUUUUGCUGCACAUCAAGCAGUCAACGCAGAUUUUGUGAACGCUUACAGUGUUUGCAACAACCUUUCUAAAAGUUAUCAAAGCCUCAUGAAAAAGAAUUCGCUUGAAUUGACCCGUCAGCUGAAAGGUGAGUUAUCAUUGUUGAUGCGUUACUCUGCGCGAAUGUCUGACCAGCUAUCAGAGCCACUACGGGUUCGAGUGAUUCGAGCACACUAUAAUGCGGUUGCCGUAGGUUAUGCGAAUUUUGUGUGUUGUUAUAGAAUGAAGGAAAGCUUGGGUUGGCAACAACUCUAUAUAUCGCCACGUAUGGAUGCUGUUGUUCGUCAUGUGGCGUUGUAUGCAAAGUUUGGCGAAAAAAUGCUGGCUGUUUCAUUAGCUAAUAAUGUUAUACAUUUAUGGAAUAUUUCGGAAGGAGAUACUAAUUUUGGAACCAAAAUUGGAACGUUCACUCUUUUAGUUGCCGUUGAUAAGUUGUUCUUUAUUGGGAGUCAAUUGGUAGCACUGAGUAAAGUUGGCAAGGUUGGAAUCUGGCAUUCAAUGACACAUAACUGGCAAGUCCAAGAUGUCGUCGCGAUAUCAUGUUAUGACACAGCCGGGUCAUUUUUGCUGCUUGGAUGCACCAAUGGAUCCAUUUAUUAUAUCGAUAUGCAAAAAUUCCCUUUGCGUAUGAAAGAUAACGAUUUGCUGAUUACGGAACUUUAUCGAGAUCCAAACGCUGAUGUUAUCACUGCUAUAAGCGUUUAUCUCACGCCGAAAACAAAUCUCCGUGGGAAUUGGAUUGAAAUUGCUUAUGGAACUUCAAGUGGUAGCGUUCGAGUGAUCGUGCAACAUCCGGAAACAGUCGGUCAUGGACCACAGCUGUUCCAGACUUAUACCGUGCACACAUCUCCAGUUACACGAGUUGCUCUUACAACCAAUCAUCUUAUUAGUGUGUGCAGCGAAUACAAUCAUGUUCGUUCGUGGGGUGUAACGCGUUUUCGUGGUAUGAUUUCGACGCAGCCAGGUAGUACAUCUUUGGCAUCUUUCAAGGUACUUACCCUUGACAGCACUGAUGAUAUGCUUGAUGCAGACGGAAAUGACCCAGGGCCGUUUGGUGAUCAAGAUGGUGAACAAGUUUUUGUGCAGCGUGUGGUACCUGGUACUAAUCAGGUCUUUGUAAGAUUAGCUUCAAACGGUGACAGGCUUUGUACCAUUCGAACUGUUGGUGACUCGGCAAUAACUGCCUUUCUGGUUCAUGAAUGUGAAGGUUCGCGCGUAAAUUCGAGACCGAGGAGAUUUUUGUUCACUGGAACCUCCAAUGGUUCCAUUCAAAUGUGGGAUUUAACAACAGCUCUGGAUCAAUAUCACGCCAAUUUAUCAUUUUCAAACCUUCCUUUAGGUAAUCAAGGAAGUACAGCUGAUAAAACAGCUGGCGCUGUAUCUUCAACAACUACAGCAUCUACUAACUCGAAUGCUUUCCUAUUUGCAAAUCGGACCAGUGGUACUGUACGGCAGGGACCAACUCCUGAUGAACUUCUCCGAUUGAUUGAUGGCUGUGAGAUUUGUUGUGCAAGCUUGAGCACAACACCGUCAAAUACACCACAUGCCUCCUCCGUACAUUUAUCCGAACUGGAUUGCCAGCGCCAGUAGUAGUAAUAGUCUUCCUAUUUGUCAUCAAUAAAUGUACAGAAAUUAUCUCUCCUCAUUCUUCUGUGAUGCAGUUAUUAGUAUUUAAUUUGAAUAAAUC